AUGGCUGGCGGGUCCAAACUUCGUCUGGCCGAGAGCCUCAUGCUCUCCAAGAGUCUCGAUAAAUUCACCGACGCCGACACCGCGCUGAUUGAGGAAGCUGUCGUCGCCAUCGAGCGUGAUAUCGCCCGCGACAGUGGUCUCACCGAGGCAGAGUUCCGCCUCUUGACCUUCUUCAUGGACAACAGUGAUGACAAGCACAGUCUCAUCACCGACUACGCCCUCAAAAUCAUCGGUGGCCGCAAGCGAGACAAGUAUUCGCAGUGGGACAAGGACCUGAUUCACUCGGCCGCAAAGUCCCUUUCUGAUACUCUCCAGGCACAGGGCAAGCUACCCAAGGAUGCCUCCAGGUCAGAACAAAAGAUCUACGUGGCAGACGAGACCCUCAACCCCAGGUACGCCGAGUCAACCGCGAACGCUGCGUCCUCGAUUGUGUCCCACUCGCCAAGCAUGCUGGCCACCCUCGAGUCUCUGGCCAAUAUCCCCAACAUCAUGGGGAGCGGGGGCCUUUCUGACCUCAACUCGUACGAUGCUGGCCGGAUCGCUGCUUUCAUGAAGGCACACCCCGACCGCUUCGAACAGCCAGCUCCUUUGACCGUGACCGGCCCUCCCAAGGAACGCACGCCUCGAGGACGUCUGCCUCCGGGCCCUCAGUUCCCGCAGCUUCCCUCAUAUGCCGAGUGUCGUCUUGAGGACUUGCCCGACACGAUCGCCGACAUUGACGCCGAGAUCGACCUUCGUCUCAACCACCAGGCGGAAAUCUCCGAAUAUCUGAUUCGGAACAGCGGAGUCCUCUGGCGUCUCAAGAUGAAACGCAACAUGCUGUAG